UUCAUAUUCUAGUCCAGUCUGACCUUGUUCUACAACUGCAUUCCUUUCGCUUUCAAUCACCUCCCUCCGUUCCACCUGUCGUCUCAUUCUACCGAACGUCUUCUCAAUGGCAUCUCCCGACUUCCCUCCGGCCCCCACCAAUGCGAUCGACUGGUCCAACGUGGGUUUCAAGGUCCGGGAAGGUAAGUCAGAAUUCAAGCGAUCGUCUCUGCUAUCACGGCACUAGCUGACUUCGGUCGUGUUUGAGUGAACGGGCAUGUGGAAUGCCACUUCUCCCGUAGCAACGGCAACCAAUGGACCGCUCCCAAGUUCGUCCGAUCUCCCCAUCUUCCUAUCCACGGAAUGGCCCCGGCCCUGAACUACGGCCAACAGGCCUACGAGGGUCUGAAGGCCUUUCGACACGCGGACGGAUCCAUCUCCAUUUUCCGUCCCGACCGCAAUGCCCGGCGCAUGCGCCACUCCGCCGAGUUUGUGUCCAUGCCGCCCGUACCCGAGGACCUAUUCGUGCAGUGCGUGACGCUGGCCGUGGGCGCCAACGCCGAGUUCGUGCCUCCGCAUGAAACCGGGGCUGCGAUGUACAUUCGCCCCUUGCUGUUCGGAUCGUCGGCGCAACUGGGCCUCAGCCCGCCGGACGAGUACACCUUCGUGGUGUUCGUCAUGCCCACCGGCGUGUACCAUGGGGUUCACGCCGUCGAUGGCCUUAUUCUCGAAGAUUUCGAUCGUGCUGCACCUGAGGGCACGGGGUCCGCCAAGGUUGGCGGGAACUAUGCCCCGGUGUUGCGACACAGUGGCCGCGCGGCAGCGGAAGGAUUUGGAAUCACCUUGCAUCUGGACAGCCGCACGCGAUCGGAAAUCGACGAGUUCUCUACCUCGGCCUUCAUAGGGGUGCGAAAAGAUCCCGCCUCGGGUACCGUGACCCUGGUUCAGCCUGACAGCAAGAAUGUGAUCGAUUCUGUGACUGCCGAGUCAGUAUGUGAGCUGGGUCGGCGGAUGUUUGGCUUUGCUGUUGAGAAGCGUCGCAUCGCCUACGAGGAGAUUAAAGAGUUCAGUGAGGUGGUUGCGGCUGGAACGGCGGCCGCCUUGGUGCCGAUCCGGAGCAUCACGAUGCGCUCGCGCAACGAUAAGUUUACCUUCGAGUGCGGCACGGAUGGCCAGAGCGGAGGCGAUACCUGCGUGAAAUUGCUGCAGGCACUCAAGGGCGUUCAGGCUGGCAAGCUUGAGGAUCAGCUCGGCUGGAACUUGACGGUGCAGAAGCCGCCGCAGGAUUGGCUGGAGGGAAGAGAGUAAGGUAAGGUAAAUUAAAGAGCCAGGACGAAAGAAUUCAGAUACCAAUAUACGAUGAAAAAAUAGGAAUUUAGCAUGUUAAAUCUUCCAUUA